GUGGAGAGGCUACAGAGAGAGAGAGAGAGAGAGAGAGAGAGAGAGAGAGAGAGAGAGAGAGAGAGAGAGAGAGUGUGAUAGUGAUGGCUACCCUUGUUGCUCCUGACCAUUUCUCUGCUACUGAAGACGCAGAAACUCUAAGAAAGGCCUGUCAAGGAUGGGGAACGAAUGAGAAGGCGGUCAUAAAAGUGCUGGGGCACAGAAAUGCAGCGCAGAGGAGGCAGGUCAGGCAAGCCUACGAGCAGCUUUACGAGGAAGACCUCGUCAAGCGCCUUGAGUCUGAGCUCUCCGGAGACUUCGAGAAAGCGGUGUACCGUUGGAUACUGGACCCGGCUGAUCGGGAUGCCGUGUUAGCGAACGUGGCGCUGAAGAAAUCGAGUCCUGAUUACCAUGUGAUCAUAGAGAUUUCUUGCAUUCAUUCCCCUGAGGAGCUCUUACAGGUGAGAAAGGCCUACAAGCUUCGCUACAAGCGCUCCUUGGAAGAAGAUGUCGCUGCACAUACCACCGGCGACAUCCACAAGCUCUUGGUUGGUCUAGUGAGUGCGUAUAGGUACGAAGGAGAAGAGAUCAAUGCAAGGUUGGCGAACUCGGAGGCCGUUGUUCUUCACAAUGCCAUAAAAGAGAAGGCCUUCACCCAUGAAGAGGUCAUAAGAAUCUUGAGCACCAGGAGCAAGGCUCAGCUCAGGGUCACUUUCAAUCGCUACCGAGAUGACCAGGGCACUUCCAUCACUAAGAAUAUGCUGGCUGAACAUCCUGAUGAGUUCUUGGUGGCACUGCGCACGACGGUUCGGUGCCUCAACGAUCCCAAAAAGUACUUUGAAAAGGUGUUGCGCAACGCAAUCAAAAGGGCCGGGACAGAUGAGGAUGCACUGACCCGCGUGAUCGUGACUCGGGCAGAGAAGGACCUGGAGGAGAUCAAGGAGGAGUAUUACAAGAGGAACAGUGUGUCGCUUGACGAAGCAGUGGCCAAGGACACCUCAGGGGAUUACAAGGCCUUCUUGCUCGCUCUCCUGGGCAAGGAGGAGUGAUCAACCACCUAUUUUCCCAUAUUGCGUAUCGAUCUUUUCGUCCUAUGAACUUAUUAAUAAGUAUGAGCUUUAAGCGAUUUCGGCCAGGACUUUUUAUGUGGACAGUGCUUGUUACUUUGUAAUUGGCGUGUCUCAACUAUCUAUUUAUGUGAUGUUUGUCUUUGCACAA